CAGGCACACAGUCCUCUUAGGGUUAAAGGCACAGAGUUUGCUGGAGAGGCAGGAAGUGUGCAAAGCAGAGAAGACUAAGCCAAACACUCCCAUUUGCCUUUGGCUUUUAGGAAGGGAGGAAAUGGUCUUUUGGAGAGCGAUUGCUGGAGAGGAGAGGAGGUGGAAUAUUUUCAAGCCAUGGAUAGUUGAAUCCAACCUGGAGAAAAGUUAUCUAACAGCUUCAGAGAAAAAAUUGAGAUUAUCUCUUCUGCAUAGUCCCAUAGAAAGCCCAACCAUGUGGACAUCCCAGCAGCUGCUGUUCUUUGAGGAGGUGGCAGUGUUUUUCAGCCGGGAAGAGUGGGCUCUCCUGGAUCCAGGCCAAAGGGCUCUCUACAAAGAAGUCAUGUGGGAGAACUAUGAGAAUGUUGCCUCUCUAGGCAGGGCAAUGGCAGAGCCAUCCAAUUGUGGAUCACUUCAUGGCGAUAGAGUUGAUCGAACUGCAAGGUGGUCACCAGAGUGGCUCUCAUCAUUUGAGGAAGUGGCUGUGUAUUUCUCCAAAGAAGAAUGGGAUCUCCUGGAUGCCAGCCAAAGAUCUCUCUACAAUGAAGUCAUGUUGGAGAACUUUGGGAUUGUAGCUUCUUUGGGUUACAGUCAAGCUCACAAGAAUGCUCAGAAGCCAUUUGCAGUAUCACUGGAAAUGGGCAAAUGUGAAAAAAGGAGAGAGUUAUGUGGAACUCUAGGAGGAGUAAGGAAUCACAACCAAAAUUAUUAUCAGAAAGUAAAGAAGGAAUUCUGUGGUCCUCAAGAAGCUUUUAUUCCUGAACCGAACACACAAGAAAGUUUGAACGAUACUUUUGGGACAAUAUUUCCAAAUAAUUCAGUAGUGGAAAGAAAUUGGGGAAGCCACCUUGCUGAUAAGCAACAUGGGUACAUGGAUCAUGAAAGAAACCUGAGUUAUAGUAAAUUAUUCACCGUAAAUCAAGAAAUUCAUGUAGCAGAGAAGCUGUAUCAUUGCAUGGAGUGUGGAAAGAGCUUCAAACAGAGUGGGACACUUACUAGGCACCGAAGAACUCACACAGGAGAGAAACCAUAUCAGUGCGCCGAAUGUGGGAAGCAGUUCAGUACCGGUGGAAAACUGACUGUUCAUCGGAGAAUUCACACGGGAGAGAAACCGUACCAAUGUACGGAGUGCGGAAGGAGUUUCAGGAUCAGUGCAAAACUUAUUAGACACCAAAGAACUCACACAGGAGAAAAACCAUACAGGUGCAUGGAGUGCGGAAAGAACUUCAGCGAUAGUGAGAGUCUUAGUCUGCAUCGAAGAAUUCACACAGGGGAGAAGCCUUACACAUGUGUGGAGUGUGGAAAGAGCUUCAGUACGAAUACGAGACGUGUUAGGCAUCAAAGAAUCCACACGGGAGAAAAACCAUAUCAAUGCCUGGAGUGUGGGAAGGGUUUCAGGGAGAAAGCAGAACUUACUCAUCAUCAAAGAAUCCACUCACUAGAGAAACUAUACGAAUGCACAGAGUUUGGAAAUACCCCCGGUGGUAGUGGGAAACUGACUUUACGUCUAAGGACCCUCUUGCUGGAGAAACCCUAUAAAUGUGCAGAGUGUGGAAAGAGCUACACUAAUAACAAGAAUCUGGUCAUCCAUUCAAGAACUCACACAGGGGAAAAACCCUACCAAUGCCUGGAGUGUGGGAAGAGCUUCAACCAGAAAGGACACCUUACACAGCAUCACCGAACUCACACAGGAGAGAAACCCUAUCAAUGCGUGAAGUGCGGGAAGAGCUUCAGUACGGGUGGAUCUCUUAUCAAACAUGACCGAAUUCACACGGGGGAGAAGCCAUAUCCAUGCAUGGAAUGCGGACGGAGCUUCCGUGAUAGCGGGACACUUGCUAGGCAUCACCAAACGCACACAGGGGAGAAGCCUUACCAGUGUAUGGAGUGUGGGAAGAACUUUGGUCGGAAAUGGCUCCUUAGGAAGCAUCAGAAGACACACAGAGAAGAAGUCUCAUUAUUUCAUGCAGUAUGAAAAGAGAGUUAGUGAAAACUCAUGUGUUUGUUCACACAGGGUUUUUUUUUUUUGUCGUGUCAGGAGCAACUUGAGAAACUGCAAGUCGCUUCUGGUGUGAGAGAAUUGACCGUCUGCAAGGACGUUGCCCAGGGGACGCCCGGAUGAAUUGAUGUUUUUAGCAUCCUUGUGGGAGGAUUCUCUCAUGUUCCCGCAUGAGGAGCUGGAGCUGAUAGAGGGAGCUCAUCCGCCUCUCCCCGGAUUUGAACCUGCGACUUGUCUGUCUUCAGUCCUGCUGGCACAGGGGUUUAACCCACUGUGCCACCGGGGGCUCCCACACAGGGGUGUAACUGUAUAAAAGAAUAGAGAAAGCUUUCCCUACCUAAUAACCCAUUGACCUCACAACCUCUGAGGAUGCCUGCCAUAGAUGCAGGCAAAACAUCAGGAGAGAAUGCUUCUAGAACAUGGCCAUACAGCCCAAAAAAACCUACAACCCAACCCAUUGAACGGUCUUAAAAUGGGGAAAUGAUAAUUGCAAAGUUCCUUGACAUGAGAGUUCAGUAGAUAACACUUGUACAGUCGGCUUUACACAUUCACUGGAGUUAGUUAAACAGAACCCCUGGAAGUGGGGAAAAAACAAUAUACCCGAUAGAAUAUCUCUCUAAGAAUUUCUGGCCAACCUCAACUGGAGAAUGACCAUAGAUCUGCACUACAAAUACCUAACAUGUUAUCUCUGGGAGUCUCUUGGUCCUCUACAUCAGUGUUUCUCAACCUGGGGGUUGGGACUCCUGGGGGGGGGGGUCGCGAGGGGAUUUCAGAGGGGUCACCAAAGACCAUCGAAAUACAUAUAUUUCUAAUAGUCUUAGGAACCCCUUUUGCAGAGAAGGCUGAAGAUCUCUCUGUCUGUCCUUCUCUUCCAUUUUGGAAACAGCCGACAAAUCCUUCCACCAAAAGUCCUCCUCUGCUGUGAUUGACCAGCCCCUCAGCUGGUCUCUCAACCAAGAGGAGGGUGUUUCUGAGACUCCAGGCAGGGAGGGAAGAGCACAUGGCAGCAUGGUGCACAUGUGUGGGCGAGGAAGAGCAUGUGAAGCGGUAGGGAGGCUCGUGUCAGCAAGUCUCUUCAAGGCAUUGGGGUUCUGUAUGGAAAAUUUGGCCCAAUUGGUGGGGUUCAGAAUGCUCUUUGAUUGUAGGUGAACUAUAAAUCUCAGCAACUACAACUACCAAAUGUCAAGAUCUAUUUUCCCCAAACUCUAUCAGUGUUCACAUUUGGGCAUAUUGAGUAUUUGUGCCAAGUUUGGUUCAGAUCCACCAUUGUUAGAGUCCACAGUGCUCUCUGGAUGUAGGUGAACUACAACCCCAAAACUCAAGGUAAGUGCCCACCAAACCCUCCAAGUAUUUUCUGUAGGCCAUGGGAGUUCCAUGAGUCAAGUUUGGUUCAAUUCCCUCAUUGGUGGAGUUCAGAAUGCUCUUUGAUUGUAGGUGAACUAUAAAUCCCAGCAAUUACAACUCCCAACUGACAAAAUCAACCCAACCCCCCCAAACAACCACCGCUAUUCAAAUUUGGGUGUCAGGUAUUUGUGCCAAAUUUGGUCCAAUGAAUGAAGAUACAUCCUGCAUAUAAGAUAAUUACAUUACGAUUCAUAACAGUAGCAAAAUUACAGUUAUGAAAUAGCGUCAAAAUAAUUUAAUGGUUGGGGUCACCACAAUAUGAGAAACUGUAUUAAGGGGUUGCAUUAGGAAAGUUUAGAAACUGAUCUAGGAGAUUAAGAUCUUCUAGAGAGGCUCUGCUCUCAGUCCAACCUCCUUCCCAGGUGCAACUGGUGGGAAUGAGAGACGGGGCCUUCUCAGUGGUGGCCCCUCAGCUCUUGAACUCCCUCCCCUGUGAAAUUAGAUCAACGCCCUCCCUCUUGGCCUUGAGAAAAAAACGUAAAGACAUGGCUCUGGAACCAAACCUUUUGGCAGUAAAGUAAUGCAGUACAAGAAAUGAAUAGGACAUAAGCGCAAUUGACAAUAGGAAUGGCUUCGGAUUAUGAUUCUGGAUUUUGCUAUUUUAAUGCUAUAUUAAGAUGUUUUAAAUUCUAUAUCUGAGUUUUAAAUGUAUGUUUAUGUUCUAUUUUUAAUAUGAUUUUAAGGUUUAAUUUAUAGUUAUAUCGUUUUAGUUGCGAUGCUUUGGUUUCAUAUAUAUGUUGGCAUCGAAUCUUGCCAGUACUUGUUGUACACCGCUUUGAGUUCCCUCAGGGGUGAGAAAAGUGGUAUAUAGAUGCAGUAAAUAAUAAUAAUAAAACAAUAAUAAAGUGUAGAUUCAGCCGACAUUACGAGAUGAAACCAUGGAAAUGCGUCAGUUGUGUAAAGUGGUUAAGCUUGUGCAUAAAUCAGAGGACUCAGAAAGUGAGACUGACUUUGCCCAAAUGACUUCUUGUAGCAAAACUGGGAAAAGAAAAUUUAGAUUUAAAAAAAUGGUGAUAGGAGUAAUGCAGUAGAAUAAAAGUAGAAGGGAUUGUAACUAGCCAUUAAAAUUAGAAUAGAGAGAGAGCGCAUGCAUCACAGGAUGUAUAGAAAAUAUUUUAUUUCUCGGAAUAACCCAGACCAUUUUGGCAAGGUAACAUUUGUGUAGACUUUUUUUAAAACUGAAGGCAAUUUGAAAAUCCAAGGAAAGUUGUAUCCAAAAAGUUUAUGUCUAAAUACUGAUAUUUCUCAAAGAAGGAAACAAGGCAUUGUACUUUUGAGUCCCAUCUGUGGGAGAAAAGCAGGAUAUAAAUAAAUAAAUAAAUAA